CGUCCGCGUCGAAGUGCGACUGAAGCGGCAGGAAGGGGAAGGUGCCUGCCGAGAGAAGUGCUCUGGCCGCCCCCGAGGGCCUCCUCCUCCUCCUGGGGCUUAGGGGGGGGGGGCAGCCAUGUCCUGCCAGCGCAGCUCUUCCAAAUGUGUCCUUUGCCCUCCAGGCGCCACAAACCCCGCUGGUCCUGCGCAGCGGCCGAGCUUUGGUCGGCAGGAAGGGGUGGGGGGCGGGGGUGGGAUGGGGCAGGGGCGGGGUGGCUGCCCUGGCCAGAAUCCUUCCUCCUGAUGCCAGCUUCUCCUCCUCCUCUCCUAGAAGGCCUGCCCGCCCUGCCAGCCUCCGCCCUGACCCGCGAGCCCCUCCUGCCCCUGGCCUCCGACUCCCAGGGCCUCCUCUCUCUCGGGUCCAGCCUCUCCAGCGCCUCCCUCUCUCUGCGCUGCUUCCCACACCCUCCGCCUCCCCCGCCUCCUGUCUGGCCAGAUCUGGGGGACCUCACGGAAGCCGUGGCCACGCUUCUGGCGUUGCAAGCUCACCACCUCCAGGACCGGAAGAGGGACCUGCGCAGCUGCCAGGAGUGCCUGAAGUCCAUCCGGGCGCUGAGGGUGCAGCUGCGGAGCGUCCGGAAGAGGCUCUCGGUGCUGGAGGAGCAGCUCGGGAUCCAGGUGCCCCCCCGGGAGCUGGAUGCGGACGAACAGGAGGAGGAGAAAGAGGAGCCGGCGCUGGACGCCCACACAGAAGAGCCAGAGGAGAUCAGAACGUGAGGGCUGGGGCGGGCUGCGUUCGAAACACGCCGCAGGGGUUCACUCGGCAGUCCUGGGGUCUGUUCCAGCCAUGGGUCUGUCUCCUUCCCUUCCAGGGGAAAGGUUUUGUUUUGUGGCAAAGAGAAGUAAAAUAAGCAAA